UUUUACUUUGUCAGUAUAAAUCCUUUUUUGCUUUUGUUUUUGGUUACUCCCACAAACUAUACAUUUACAUUCAAAGGUGACGUUGGUAUAUUUUCCUUUCCUCCUUUAAAAGAGGGCAUGUGCUGUCUGUUAAAAUCAUUUCAACAUCCCCUUUCCCUGGAUAGCGUGGCUGUGAGAUGGAGAAUUAAAACCGAAAACGGGCACUGCUGGAUGCAAACAAUCAAUGGCAGAAGCCAUUUCACUUUUACUUCAAACUAAAGCAUCCUUGGGAUCACUUUCAGUGGGAUUCAGGGUUUAUUUCAGUCGUUUGUCUGUCUGAUAGCAGCGCGUAAGAGAGCCGCUCUUUCACUCCACACGCGCCGUUUACGGUUUCCUUCAUUCACACGAUGUCCGAUCAGUCUGUAACUUUACCCGCGUGCAGGCGACUGACGUACGCCAUCGGGCAUUUCUUCAACGACCUCUGCGCGUCUAUGUGGUUCACGUAUUUACUGGUGUUUUAUCACUCGGUUCUCGGUUUCAAGGAUACGAACGCAGGUGCGCUGCUGCUGGUCGGACAGAUCGCGGACGGGAUCUGCACUCCGCUCGUCGGUUACGAAUCCGACCGGACGUCAGGAUGCGGAAAGUAUGGAAAAAGAAAGACCUGGCAUUUAGUGGGAACAAUAAGCGUGUUUGUCUCCUUUCCCUUCAUAUUCAACCCCUGCAUUGGAUGCGAUGAGAAAACCCCACAGACCACGGGACUGAUUUACGCCAUCCCGUUUAUCAUCAUCUUCCAGUUUGGAUGGGCUGCUACCCAGAUAUCCCACCUGUCGCUCAUUCCUGAGCUGGUCACAUGCGAGCAUGCCAAAGUGGAACUAACAUCGUACAGGUAUGCUUUCACAGUGGUGGCAAACAUUACAGUAUAUGCUGUGGCAUGGGUCUUGUUCCACUUCCAAUCCCAACAUUUAGAAGACCCAUCAAUAUCCCAGACUCUGGGCUGGGUUGAUGUUCCAAUAUUUAGAUAUCUGGCGCUCAUAAUAUGGGCCAUCGGUACUGUUACCUCCAUCAUCUUUCACAUGGGCACUAAGGAGGAAAGAGUCCAGCCUCAGGAGAGUGAAGAGACUGAGAAAUCUCAGUUUCCGAUCUCUGACUCUUCCCAGAUCUCUGGACCCCUGCUGCAAUGGAAACACUGGCUCGUCGAGCCUGCCUUCUGUCAGGUUGCCAUACUAUAUAUGUGCACAAGACUGAUUGUAAAUUUGUCCCAAACAUACAUCCCGAUGUAUCUGACAAACUCCUUAUCGCUUCCAAAGAACUACAUUGCAACUAUUCCCCUGGUCAUGUAUAUCAGUGGGUUUGGAUCUUCUCUGGUUAUGAAGCCUGUGAACAAAUUGAUCGGCCCCUCUAUGGCCUAUUUUGUAGGUCUUGUGCCUGUAAUGGUGUUUUCCUUUUGGGUUUUGGUGGACACGAACAUGGGUCCACGGGUUUACGGAGCUGCCGUGCUGCUAGGAGCUGGAUCUGCUGUCAUUCUGGUCAUGUCACUGUCCAUGACUGCCAAUCUCAUCGGGGAUCAAAGACAAAGUGGUGCUUUCGUGUACGGUGCAAUGAGCUUCACUGAUAAGGUGGCAAACGGAAUUGGAGUGAUGAUAAUACAGGCUUUACAUCCCUGUCAAACACCAGACUCUGAUUGUAAAUGGUUUUACCGCAAUGUCAUGGUGAUCGUCACCGGCGGUGUGGCUGGCGUUGCAGCUCUCUGUCUCUCUACCCUUCUCAUCUGGCCCAUCGCAAUUCGCCGACGUCUCACGGUCAUCAGAGGGCUGAUGGGUAUGCAUGACGAUGAGACGAGCAGCUGUGAGAUCAAUGGUAUACUGAACUGACAGAUUCACUGUUAAAAACUUGAAAACACUCAGCAUUAUGUAAAAGACUGGGCCACACUGCAGAGGAAACACUAUGAUUCCUUUUGUAACUAACCAGGAACAAGGAAGAGAAGAGAAUUUGCUGUGCUGUGGUCACAAGUGUUGUCUCAGCACUGCGAAGAUGUGAGUGUCAGCAUUGUUCUUACAUUGUCAAGAGGCUUUUUGUGUGAUGUUUUUAAAAUAUGAGCGCAGGUCUGUCACAUGGAGUGACGAGUCAAACAGUACAACUAUUAUAUAUGACACAUUCAAGAAGAGGGAGUUGCUCUGCUGAAAAUUUCCCAAACAUGUCUGAGGAUUUCACUGGAAAUAACAAAAACACGUCUAGUUUGUAUGAACACUUUGUCAAAAGUGCCUUUUGAACACCAUACAGAUACUGAUUAUACUUGAAAGGUUUGCAGAUGGUUUUAUGUAAAGUAACUUGCUGUAAGGUUACAAUAGCACAAACUUGUUUGCCGUAAAGCUUGUUCAGGCAGUUAUACCUGUACGUUUUGAUGUAACGCACAUAAUAUUUGUAAAAAAUGCAUCACAUUUCUACUAAAACUAAAAUUUUUGGGUUAGUGUCUUUCCAGUUACUUUUGCCAUUGGUUCUGCAUUUACAUCCCAUGUACCAGAAGAAAGAAAUCUUCACUGCUUAAUUCACAAACGCAUCCUUUUUUAAGAUGUUUACUCCUCUGCCAAGAGAAAACUAGCUACUCGGCCACAUUAAAGGAGAAGUUCACUACCAGAAUGAAAAUUUCCUGAUAAUUUACUCCCACGUGUCAAAAAUGUUCAUGUCUUUCAUUCUUCAGUCGAAAAUAAAUUAAUGUUUUUGAAGAAAACAUUCCAGUUUUUC